AUGCUUGAUCGCGCUAAACGCCUGUUAUCCUCACCGGACCUCUUCUCCAAAGAAUGCUACGAUCUAAGGAAAAUGUUUCUGAAAUCAAAAUAUCCUGUAAAACUUAUUGAUUCCAUUUUUAUGAGAUUUAACGCCUCCCAAGAUCUGAACCAAAGCUGUAUCGAGCCAAUUGACAGCCCUGUAUUAAUAACCUUGCCUUUCAAAGAUCAGAAAUCUGCCGACUCCGUUCGCAAGCAACUAAACGACCUUGGAAAGAAAAUCGAUCGUGUAAUACAACCAGUUUUCACAAGUAAGAAAAUCUCUGAAGAUUUAAAAGUUACGUAA